AUGAACAGCGCUUCUAUUGCCCCGCUAAUUGUAGACGCUCCCUCGAACUCUGAGAUAGAUAGCUUCUAUGCUCGUCUUCUGAUCUCACCCUUUGUUUCUGUCGCACCAUGGCACGACGACUUGGGCUCAGCUCCUAGCAAUAAUCUUGAUUUACACAGGAAUUGGCCGCCGUUUAGACCUGCUCAGCUUUCUGCUGCAGCCAAUGAUUACAACUCUCGUAUGCUGUAUCAGAGAGCCGACAGCUCAGUGAAAACUCCCACAACUCCUCAUUUUUUCCCGUUAUCAGUUUUGAACAACACAAUGCCCAGUUUCCCUGCGCCUCCCCUGAACUCUGACAUCCCUGAACCACCUGAAGAUCUCAAUGACGACUCUGACUCAAACACUGAAUACCACACUCCACCUCCUAAUUUUGAAAUCAUCGAGACAAUCAAGCCGCCAAAAGAACUGCAAUUGCAAGCCCCCACACCCGCUACGUCGGUCUUCAUGCCCCAGGCAGACCAGGAGCUCAAGAACGUCGACAGAAACAGCUGGCGGUCAAAACUCGAGGAUAUCGUGAAGCCAAUUGAGCUUCCUAAUGGUCGUCACAAGUGUCCCGAAUGCGAUAAAUGCUACAAGUACCGCAAACAUGUUCGAAGACACUUUCUCAGCCAUACAAACUUCCGCCCAUUCAGAUGCAAGUACUGCUGCCUGUCGUUCCGCAGACUUGACUCCUGCUCUCGCCAUCAUCAACGCUGCACGUUUAGAAAGUACAGCGACAUGAAAAAUAUUUAA